GAAACAAACUUCUAUGGCGGACUGAUUUAUUUAGUGAAUAAUUUCGACAAUUCAAUUAAUAUAUUAACUAAAUUUAUAUACAAACUUGUUUAUAACACAAUGUCUACAGUCGUAUCAGACUGCUUCACAAUUGGGAGUAUAGUUGCAACUCGGACAUGUUAUAAUGAGGAAAUUGAAGGCGAGGUGCUCGCAUUUGAUCCACAAACAAAAAUGCUCAUUCUAAAAUGCCCUUCUUCUAGUGGUAAUCCAAAGCGCCACGAUGUUAAUAUUAUUAAUUUGUCCCUUGUGAGUGAUGUUCAGAUUAAAAAGGAAGUGACCACACUGCCUGAUCCUCCGCAAUCAUUAAAUCUUCAAAGGUUAAAUACACGAGUUCGUAAUGCAAUAGAGAAUAAACGAAGACUGGUAUCAGCUCUGUCUGCCUGCUUGGACCCGGAAGGCCAAAGGCUGUUUCUGGCAAUUGCAAGAGUUAUAGACGAUGUGUCCUGGGCUGGCCAGAGUAUUCGUGUUUACAAUGAAGUCACUAUCACUCCACCUUAUAAAGUGGAAAAUGUAAUAGGCGAACUGGAUUCCAAACCGUAUAACUAUAUACGAAAGUUUGUCGAGAGACAUUGGAAGGAUCACCGCGACCACAUGGCCAACAACUCACAAUAGGAUCUAGGCCCAUGCCCCCAACCACCCUUCCCAAGUUUUAUAAAAAAAAGCAAUUGUAUCAAUUAAAUUCAAUGUAAUAAUAUAAAAAUAUUGGAAAAUACAUAAAAGCACGCGGACAGGCUCCUGCGUUUUCUUUACAGUAGGCCGGAGUGACAGUUUGUGUUAACGUCGGAUCCUGUUUUCUUUUUAAUACAAAAUGCGUAAAGAUGCUUCCUAUAAUUUCAGGUCAAAAUAUGCUGCACUGCCAAACUAUACAAAAGGUAAAAUAAAAAAAAAAAAUAUUUUAAAUUUUAAUAGCGAUAUACAGUCCACUGAGAAUUUUUUAAAUCAUUAUAAUCCAUUUAUUAUUUUAACUAUAAUUUAUUUGUUUUUAACAGCACCAAAAGUAUUACAAGGAGAUUAUAUACAGUGAAGCGAUACAAUAUAAUACUAAUCCGUUAUCAUAAAAAUAAAUAAAAUACAUAAUUCAUCUAAAUAAAUCAAUUUUCCAUAUCAUUUCGUAACAACCUGUAAGUAAUGUAAUAGCCGCGCUACCACGUAAGGGUGAUUAAAAUUUUGUUUCUUAAAUAUAUAAUUUGUUAGUUUAAAUGUUUUUUUAAUUUAUAAAUUAACGCCCUUACAAAUAAACUUGGUAUAAAGUUAUAACUGAUGAUAAACAAAGAAAAUGCAAAAUGUUUACAAUAUCGUUGACAACACUGUCAAUACAAUGACAAUUCUAAAGUUUUCCGAAUGACAAGCUGCCUUGCAAAUAAGCGCGGGAAACGUUAUACGUCCGAACAAACCAUUCGUAAGCAGAUUAUCUAUUUGAAAACAUUUUACAUACUCUUGGUUUAUGCUUAGUUAUAACUUUUUGCCAAUUUUAUUUGUAAGUCCGUUAAAUUUUUGUUAGAAUUUGCCUCGACUAACGUAUGUUUUACUAUAUAAACUAAUUGCCCAGCUCAUUGUAUGAAUUGUCAAAUGUAAUGAAAUUUCAUUGACCGAAUUAUUUAUAUUGCGGAUAUAUAGAUAUGUAUUUCUAAGUCCAAAAAUAUAAGUUCCGGAUAAGUUAUCACCAACGUACUAUUUAAGUAAGUAAGUAUAUCUUUAUUUGGAACAAACACUACAAAACAAUUAGUAAACAUUAACAAAAUAUAAUAAUGAAAAACUUAUCUUAAUAAUUAUAAAUAAAAUAUAGAUAACUAAUCUAAUUAAAACUAAUACACAUAAAGAACCAAAGAUAAGAAAAAAAAACCAUCUCCGAAACAAGAUGCAUUUAAUAGUACAAAUAUUACUCCGAUCGGUUCAGUAGUUUUCGCAGUAUAACCUAAGAAAAAAACAGAUGUCCAUUUAUUAGCAUAGAUGAUUAUCGCUUAGUAAUUCUAGUUCUGUGUUUAUAUGCCAGUGGGAGGCUCCUUUGCACAGGAUGCCGGCUAGAUUAUGGGUACCACAACAGCGCCUAUUUCUGGCGUAAAGCAGUAAUGUGUAAGCAUUACUGUGUUUCGGUCUGAAGGGCGCCGUAGCUAGUGAAAUUUCUGGGCAAAUGAGACUUAACAUCUUAUGUCUCAAGGUGACGAACGCAAUUGUAGUGCCGCUAAGAAUUUUUGGGUAUUUCAAGAAUCCUGGGCGGCACUGCAUUGUUAUGGGUAGGGGGUAUCAUUUUCCAUCUGAGCUGAACGUCCUGCUCGUCUCGUCCCUUAUUUUCAUUAAAAAAAUUUAAUGUUGCCAUUUUAUGGAUACUUUUUUGCUAAAAUACUGGCAUCAAAGUUGAUAUAAUAGCUUCUCACGUAAUCGUAAAUUUUAAAACAAUUUUUCAAUAGUGGCAUCCUAAGACCGAGGUGCUAUGCAGUUAGCCGAUCCGGGUGGCUAUAUAUUGGUUAUUGACGCGGUUGGCCGUUUAGAUUUAUAUGGCUUCAUACAUCGUUAUAGAUGUAGCCAACCGGAUCGGCUAACCGCUGCGGUCAAUAGCAUAGUAUAGCACUAUCACCGGCCUUAAGUUUUAUAUGAUUUUUAGCUGACUGCCAUUAAUAUUUCCAAUCGUAGAUCAAAUGUGAGAUACUUUAAACAUUGUUGUCAAAAUAAAAUUGAAAAAUUCAAUCGUCCGCCAUGUUCCGUGAAACACUAACACAGCGAAUAACUUUAUAAAUACCUACCUACCGUUCGGACAUUUUGAGCAGACACCAUGAAAUUGUCAAUUUUUAUGCAAAUUCCGCACGUGAAUCGAACGACGUUUAAUAAUUACAUUUGCGAAAAAAUAUAUUUAUCACACUUACUGUUAGAACUCAUUAUUCAACUUUCAAUCUUAUAGAAUGCGUAGUGUGAAGUGUCGUUUCGCGGGAGUCAGCUUUUUUUUUUGCCAACAGGCAGGGCUACGGUUCUAUGCAUUCAGCCAAUUCAAUGACAAUAAUUAAUUUUUAUCCGUAAUAAUUUUAAUAGCGCAAUUUAUUUCUUAAGUUAUACGAACAUUAAAAAUCAAUUUAUCUUAAAUUUAAUACCGUAUUUAUACUGUAAAAUAGUCAUUUUAUGCAAUUUUUUUUACAGAAAACCAUUUUUGAUUUGAAACUGUUCCAUUAGAGAUUAUACGCAGGAGAGCAACAGUGCGAAAAAACUAAUUUUUCGCACGCUUAACACACAUGGGAAAGUUCUUUUCCUAUUAUCGUGCGCAAAGUACCACUUUCCCACACGUUGACACGACGUGCGUGCGGGAAUGUAGCAGAGCGUGCGGGAAUGUUUGAAUAUAAUUAUAGUGGUCGAACUUUGCGCAACUUAAUAGGAAAAAUAGUAUACGAUACUCGUGCGCACGUAGGCACUCGCUUCGGUCGUGCGGGAACGACCUAUUUUGCGCACUUGUAUCGUAAUGUACUAUUAUGAGCAAAAGUAAUUCUCUGAACCUAGCUAUCCAACAACAUUGGAUCUAUUUGAAACUGAACCUUAAGAAUAUUUAAUUUAUCCCAAAUUUUUGCCAGCUUUAUUAACUCUUAUAUCUUAAGUAAAACUCUGUACAUUACACUGGUCUUGGUAUUAAUUAAAAUCUUAACAGCCUCAAAAUAUAUUUACUUUUUUAGUUAUUUGCGAAUUUUAUCGAAUAAUUUAUAUAAUACAGUACCCCAGGAGCAUAUUAAGUUAAUUGGAUCUGUUUUCAUUCCUGUUAUAUCUGGGGAUGGCCAAGAAAAGAUUGUAAUUGGCGUUAUUUACCACAUUACGUUCCAUAUUUACGUAAAUUUUGGAGAUGGAAAAUCAGUGUAAUUCCUAACCAAGACGCAGAUAUUUUGACCCAGCGACAUAUUGCUUAUUUAUCCCGGACACAAAACUGAUCUUUAUGGCUCAUGUUAUGUGGUAAUCUGUCUUCCCGUGGGAGGGAAAUGAUUUCGCCAAUUUGAACUUAUCCUAAACAAAUGAUGAUAGAAUGCAGAUGCGGCUAAUUUCGACUUUGUUGAAAACUUUUUUCAGAAGCAAACUUUUGUGCAGCACUACAUACCUAACCAAUGCACCCGAUAAAAAAUAUUUUUAUUUGCAGUUUUUAGUUAAUGCAGUUGAAAUAUGUUGUAAUGUUUAGUUUUGAAAGUUCUCGAAAUGUAGUUAAUCCAUAAGUCAUGAAUAAAAUGUACAUAUUUAUUACAAA